AUGUCCGCAGAAUACAAAGGCCAAGACCCCAUCGACAUCGCCAAAGCCGCGGAGCGUGAUCUCAGUUCACAGCAGGCCAAGCAAGGCCAUGCAGGAAGUACGAGUACUGAUGAAUCUGGAAUCGACCAAAGCGUAACCGCGAAAUUCCCGGGCAGCACCGCCGAGUACGGCAGUAAAGUUUCGGGGGCGGGAGACAACCGCGAAAUCCCCGUUGAAGAGGGCGGAGACAUCCAGAAGGGCACCGGUCGGCCGACGAAAGCAGGAGAUUUUGACCAGGGAGAGGCUGGACAAGGGCCGGAGCACCUGAAGAAGCAGUACGAGGAGCAGUAUGGAGGGAAUGAUGAUGUUAGGGGCAAUAUCAAGAACGCGACUUCAUAG